AUGACGCGGCACGUCCGCGAGGAGGAUCCGCCUGGUGGGGGCCUUUGCCCCUUCUCCCCGCACAAGGAAAGAGCAAAGCAAGGAGAUCGUAGUUUGGCUCAGCGGGCGCACCCUCCCACCUCGGAGGAGACCCACCAAACACACACGCACACCAGUAAACCAAUUGGUGCACAAAGCAAUCUACAAAAACUGAGGCCUCGCCAUAAGUCCACAACGUGGCAGCCGUUAGGACCCCGCAACCGCCGCUCCCCCCUCGCAAGAGAGGCCUCCCACCAGAACUCAAGUCAUGACCACGCCACUCGCCAUCCUCUUGGCUGCAAUGCAAUGCCACGUCCAAUUGCUGCAUCAAGACGCGUUGCCCCUCCUUUAGUGGUGUCACCCUGCAAGGCGGCAGUGGCUGUGCAGACACCAAUGCGUUGA